GAGAGAAUGGAGCAAUUUGAAAUAAUGUUUUAAUUAAUUUUGAUUACAUAGAUGGUAUUGAUUGGAUAAAGUGUAGUAGAAAUAGUAGAAAGUGUAGUAGAAAUGGUAUUGAUUGUAUUAUAAGUUGCCCCUUCACACAGCCACCAGUGACCGAGUGCUGACCAGAGCCAAAAGCCCAAACUCCAAAUAUAAUAUAAGUAAAGGAAAACAAACGGCUUUUCUGGUGGUGGUGAUUAGGAAUUUGGGCGAGGGAUUCUUUGCCACACUCCUCCUCCUCCUCCUUUCUUCUUCCUCAUCAAUUCAUCAUCAUCAGGAGGAGCAACAGUACAAAGUUAAAACAGUGGUGUGAAGUCUGUGAUGAUGAUGCUGAUGAGUUAAAUGAGUGUCCAAUUUGCCAUCUUCUUCUAAUCCUUCUUUUUUUUUUUUUUUUUUUUUUUUAACUUUUUACUCCAAAAUCACUAUCUCUCUCUUGUACUGGAUAAUAGAGAGUGCUACUUACUUACAUUGGGUCUGCUGGGCAUAUACAGUACUACUAAAACAGUAUUCAUUCAUAAUUACCAAAACUAUCUCUACUCCCUACUUCUUGUACUGCCACCUCCUCACCCCCCCCUUUUCUCCAAAGCUCUCUCUCUCUCUCCCUCAGUCAUCAUCAUCAGAUUCAUCCCCUUUCCUUUACUUUCUCUAACAUCAUCACCCAUUCUAUCCACACCCAAAAGUCAAAUUUACAACCUCUCAUUCUCAUCAAAUUCUUACUUACUUUGGUUUUUCUUCUUUUUCUGCUUCAGAUCUGUAUCAUCCUCAUUCUUCACCUUCCUAGAUCUGAUCUGUCUUCUUCAUCCCCCAUUUCCCCAGGAUUCUUUGAGCUUCAGAUCUGGUUUUGUUUAUCAGUCUGCCGCCUGUGUUUUGGCUCUGUCUGUAUUUUGAGUUAAAAAGGGUCGAUCUCGCCGGAUCAGCCCUUGACCUGGGCUGCGUCCUCUUUGUGCGUUGCUCCACUCCUCGGCCCACUCCAAAGUUCCAGUCUUUAUUCUUCCUCUCUGAAUAAACAAGUUUCAAUCUCCCUCAUUUCACCAUCGCCCAUCGUUUCCUAUCGGAUCUCCUUUUAAACAUGUGUUUGUUUCAUGCGGAGGGGAUGAUCAAUUACUUCCCCGAGGAAGUCCUAGAGCAUGUUUUUCACUUUCUAUCGUCCCACCGUGACCGGAACUCCGUAUCCUUGGUCUGCAAGUCCUGGUACCGGGUCGAGAGAUUUAGCCGGGAAAGGGUGUUUAUCGGAAACUGCUACGCCAUUAGCCCUGAAAGGCUACUCUCCAGGUUUCCGAGGUUAAAGUCGUUGACUUUGAAAGGUAAGCCCCAUUUCGCCGACUUUAAUCUCAUCCCAUAUGACUGGGGUGCUUACCUCCACCCUUGGGUUCAAUCCAUGGUGGAUGCCCAUCUCAAUCUUGAGGAGCUUAGGUUGAAGAGAAUGGUGGUUUCGGAUGACAGCCUUGAGCUUCUCUCUCGUUCUUUCCCUAAUUUCAAAUCAUUGGUUUUGGUUAGCUGUGAAGGGUUCACCACUGAUGGUCUUGCUGCCAUUGCUUCUAAUUGCAGGUUCUUUAUCUCAUUCCCUUUAACCGCCCCCCAUUUUGCCAUUUUGCUUAUGGCUUAUAACCUUUUAUACCUUUUCAUUUAAUACACACUCACAAGAUGGGAAGCAAGCUACAGAUGCCACUAUUAUUAUUCUGUAUUGUGAUGGAUGGGCAAUUCCCCAACUGACCAAUUUACACCCCUACUUAUUUCAAUCUUGUUUUUAUAAAUACUAGCUACAACUAAACUGCCUCUUCUCAGUAUGUUGAGCUUAUUAUUUCAAUUAUGUAUGCAGUCACCAUUUUUUUAUGAGUCAUGCUGGGUAAGUGAAGAAUACGUAAACCCUAGAUGUUUGUUGCAUUGGCCCACGUCCUCUACUGUACCGAAAUCAGACCUGUUAUUCAGAUUUGGUUAUAAUCUUUUUGUAAAUUCACUGACAACAGCAUUUGUGAACAAAUUUGUUAGCAUGAUCCUAGCUUAGUGGUUCUACUAUAUCACUCGAUAUGGAGUCUUAUUUGUAGAUUACAUCUUUCCGUGUUUGAUUGUGGUUGCUGUAGCAAUAUGUGAUCCUGAUAUGACCUAGGUGUAAAUUAUACCAGCUGUUGGCCUGCAUCCUUUAUUCACAUUUGGUUAUAAUAUCCAUGCCAAAUCACAAAUAUUUUGCCGUCUACCUCGCUUAGUUGUAUCUAUAUGGUAUUUGUGCUCAUACUAUGUACUGGAAAUGUGGUCACCUUGGUUGCUGGGAACAUGAAAGAGAAUUGUCAAUUUCUCAUUUUGUUGGAUUUACUUAUAUAUAUUUUUUUGGUGUGGAAUAUAGGUACCUAAGGGAGCUGGACUUGCAAGAGAAUGAGGUUGAGGAACGGAAAAGGCAGUGGCUAAGCUGCUUCCCAGAUAGCUGCACGUCCCUUGUUUCGUUGAACUUUGCAUGCCUCAAGGGAGAAGUUAGUGUAGCUGCUCUCGAGAGGCUCGUGGCGAGAUGCCAGAAUCUCAGAAGUCUUAGGUUGAACCAUACUGUGCCACUUGAAGCCCUUCAAAAAAUCCUUGUGAAUGCGCCUCAUUUGGUGGACUUGGGGACAGGAUCCUUUGUCCAAGAUGUCGAUUCAGAAAUCUACAUGAAGUUGAGUAAUACCCUUCAGAAAACUACAUCUAUUAGGAGCUUGUCAGGAUUCCUUGAAGUUGAUUCCCGAUGCAUGCGUGUGAUCUAUCCAGUGUGUUCCAAUUUGACCUCGUUGAACUUGAGCUAUGCGCCAGGAAUUCACAGUGCGGAACUUGUGAAUGUAAUUCGGCAUUGCAAGAAAGUUGAACGACUAUGGAUUCUUGACACCAUUGGUGAUGAAGGGCUCUCUGUUGUGGCUUCCACUUGUAAAGAAUUGCAGGAGUUGAGGGUUUUUCCAUCUGAUCUCCAUGGAAUUGGUUACUACAAGCCUGUAACGGAAGCAGGCUUGGUUGCCGUAUCUUCUGGCUGCCCCAAGUUGAAUUCAAUACUCUACUUCUGCCAGCAGAUGACUAACGCAGCACUGAUAACCGUAGCAAAAAACUGUCCGAAUUUUGUUAGAUUCAGACUCUGCACUAUUAACCCUGUCGUGCCAGAUGCUGUCACUCAGCUGCCACUCGAUGAGGGGUUUGGGGCGAUUGUGCAAUCUUGCAAGGGUCUUAAGCGGUUGUCAGUUUCUGGCCUUUUAACUGACCAGGUGUUUCUUUACAUAGGAAUGUAUGCCGAGCAGCUAGAAAUGCUCUCCAUAGCAUUUGCCGGAGAGAGCGACAAGGGAAUGCUCUACGUUCUGAAUGGGUGCAAGAAACUUAAAAAGCUGGAAAUCAGGGACAGCCCUUUUGGCAACAUGGCACUUCUAGCGGACGUGGGAAAGUAUGAAACAAUGCGAUCCCUUUGGAUGUCGUCCUGCGAAGUGACCUUGGGAGCAUGCAAGACCUUAGCAAGGAAAAUGCCAAGGAUUAAUGUGGAAAUCAUCAAUGAAGGAGGCGACCAAGACGACACUUUGAGCCCUGAUGACGACACGCACAAAGUGGAGAAGAUGUACUUGUAUCGAUCAUUGGUUGGGCCAAGGAAAGAUGCGCCAGAUUUUGUGUGGACUUUGUGACCAGAACAACUGGAAGAAAUCCAUUUCAAAUGCAUGAUUACCAUUGCUUGCUUGUUAUCCCCAUUUGUGUAGCUAUCCCUUUACCGAAUGUUUGUGGGUUAUCUUCAUUCUUGAGUGGACUGAUUAGACUUUGCUCAUGUUAUAAUUUUUGAAAUUUAAUCUUUGUGGGUUUAUUAUCUAAAGACAUUUUUAUGUUUAUUUUGGAUUUUAUGGUGGUUGCGAUACAUUGGUGGCACAGACUGAUGGAAUACUCAAUAAGAAGAUUAGUUAGAAUCAGAUACUUUUAAGUUGUCUGGUGAAUUAAGGCCAUGCUAAUGUUAAGAUAGGACACGCUACACAACCUUUGGAGGUGAAUGUUUAUAUGGACUAAGAUGAACAGGAAGUGAUCGGAUGUGGACGGUUUGAUUAUCUAAAACAUUCUUCCAACAGCA